CAAUGAGAGCUCCAGAAAUUACUGACCUAACCAUGACAGAAGACAAAAGUCCACGAGUGGCUGACUAUUUUGUAGUAGCAGGGCUCACUGAUACAGAUACCGCAUCUCUCCUGGACCAAGAAAUAAGCCGCCAUGAAACAAAGUCAAUUGAUCCAAAAGCUCCUAUUACAGACAUUGCUGUGAUAAUUAAAUCAGCUGGUGAGACUGUUCCAGAGGGAUACACCUGUAUUGAAGCCACCCCUACAGCCCUUCAAGCAAACUUAAACUAUGGGAGUCUUAAGAGUCCAGAGCUUUUUCUUUGCUACAAGAGAGGCUGGGACAAACCACCUCUUAUUGAUAUUGGAGUUCUGUAUGAAGGGAAGGAACGUGUCAUUUCAGGCUGCGAAGUGAUUCAGGCUACUCCUUAUGGUCGUUGUGCCAAUGUUAACAAUAGUUCAGCUUCUUCUCAACAGAUCUUUAUCACUUAUCGAAGGGCUCCUUCAGUACGACCUCAAAAUUCAUUGGCAGUGACAGAUAUCUGUGUUAUUGUUACCAGCAAAGGAGAAACCCCUCCUCAUACAUUCUGCAAAGUUGAUAAGAAUUUAAAUUGCGGCAUGUGGGGUUCCAGUGUAUACCUUUGUUAUAAGAAGUCUGUGCCAGCUUCUAACUCACUAGCAUAUAAAGCUGGCUUAAUUUUCAGAUACCCUCAGGAGAACUAUGAGUCAUUCCCUUUGUCAGAUUCUGUACCUCUCUUCUGCCUUCCUAUGGGAGCUACUAUUGAGUGCUGGGACCCGCAAACCAAAUAUCCACUACCAGUAUUCUCAACAUUUGUACUGACCUGUUCUUCUGCAGAAAAGGUUUAUGGCGCUGCUAUUCAGUUUUAUGAGCCUUAUUCCCGGGAACUGUUAACAGAAAAGCAACAAUUGCAGCUGGGGCUCCUGACAGCUGUAGAGAGAAAAGUGAUUACUUCCAAGUCUAUCAAUUCUAACAAAUGUAUCUGCCUUCUUUCACAUUGGCCUUUCUUUGAAGCAUUUCGAAAAUUUCUUAUGUUCAUCUACAAACUCUCUGUCUCUGGACCUCAUCCUCUUCCCAUUGAAAAGCACAUAUCUCACUUUAUGCACAAUAUACCUUUCCCUUCACCCCAAAGGCCGAGAAUUCUUGUGCAACUUUCUGUCCAUGAUGCAUUAAUACUGUCUCAGCCAGUUUCUACACCCUUGCCAUUAAGUGGAGCAAACUUUAGCACUCUGCUCAUGAAUCUUGGACCAGAAAACUGUGCUACUCUAUUACUUUUUGUAUUACUAGAAGGCAAGAUCCUCCUCCAUUCUCUUAGACCAGCUGUGUUGACAGGAGUUGCUGAAGCUGUAGUAGCUAUGAUAUUUCCAUUUCAGUGGCAAUGUCCAUACAUCCCCCUCUGUCCUUUGUCUCUGGCCACUGUGCUCAGUGCACCUGUUCCAUUUAUUGUUGGAGUAGAUUCACGAUAUUUUGAUCUGUAUGAUCCACCACAGGAUAUUGUGUGCAUUGACUUAGACACAAACAUGGUGUACAUAUCAGAUGAUAAGAAGAGCACAAACUGGAAACAGUUUCCUAAGAAGCCAUGUAAAAAUCUGCUCAGCACCUUAAAGAAACUGCACCCACAACUGGCAGCAGUUCACAGGAAAACUCAAGAAGGUUCUGCAGUAGAGAUGACUCCCAUUGAGGCAGACUUCUCCUGGCAAAAGAAGAUGACUGAACUUGAGAUGGAGAUCCAGGAAACUUUUCUCCGCUUCAUGGCAUCUAUUUUAAAGGGUUACAGAACAUUCCUCAAGCCAAUCACCCAGGCCCCUUCAAAUAAAGCAACUGCUGCUGAUUCGUUAUUUGAUCAUCAGGGAUUUUUAAAAAGUCGAGACCGUGCCUAUACAAAGUUUUACACGCAUCUCACCAAAACGCAGAUAUUCAGCAGAUUUAUUGAAGAGUGUAGUUUUGUGAGUGACAAAGAUACUGGCUUGGCAUUUUUUGAUGACUGCAUAGAAAAGCUCUUUCCGGAUAAAGGAACAGAAAAAGGAGAGAAGAUUGAUGUAGACUCUGUGGAGGAUGCGCGGUUGAUUGAGCUUGAUGAGUCACAAAAAAGUGAACAUACGGUGUUUAUUAUGCCACCAGAACCUCCCCCUGAUGAUGGACAGGACCGAGCGCCAAAAUACAGCUAUAAGAACUUCCCACGACUAGAUUUCAAGCUCUUUGACAGGCCACAGGAGCUCAAACUGUCUUUCAGCAGACACCCAACUGGAGGCAGCAUUUCAAAUAGUCCAGCACUCAUGGCAAAGAGGACAAAACAGGAGAUAAAAACAGCCCAUAAGUUAGCCAAGAAGUAUUACUCGAGUCCCCCACAAUGGGCUAAAUGUCUCUUCAGUCAUAGUUACAGCUUAUGGUUUAUUUGUCUGCCAGCCUACAUCAGAGUUGCACAUCCCAAGGUUAGAGCACUGCAGCAGGCAUACGAUGUUCUCAUUAAAAUGAGGAAAACUGAUGUGGAGCCACUAGACGAGGUCUGCUAUAGAGUGGUAAUGCAGCUCUGUGGGCUGUGGGGUCAACCUGUUCAAGCUGUGAGAGUCCUCUUUGAAAUGAAAAAUGCUGGAAUAGAGCCAAAUGCCAUCACUUACGGUUAUUACAAUAAGGCAGUUUUAGAAUCUCCUUGGCCUAGCAGUAACCGCAGUGGCAUAUUUCUGUGGACAAAGGUACGAAAUGUAGUCCGUGGCACAGCACAAUUUAGGCAGUGUCUAAAGAAAGCAUCGCAGAACUCACAAGUCGCUGUGAUAUCAGCUCUGCAGAAUACCACAGGUGGAAGUGAUGGGGACAUGGUGAGCCAUGGUAGCGUGGAUAGUUCUAAUGAUGCUAACUGUGGGGAGCACACUCUCUUCGUCAGAGACUUAGUCAGGCUUGAUUCCAUUGGUAAUCACUCUAGCACAGGUGGUCAGUCAGACCAGGGUUAUGGAUCCAAAGAUGAACUCAUAAGGGAUGAUGGAAAUGGUCUUCACGCUACUGAAACACAAGUAGAGAAAGAUACUUUUUCUAAAGUUGAAGAUAUAAUGGGAGAGAUUUGUGGUACAGGAGAGCCUGGUGAAAAGCAACAGCUGAAUAUAGAAACUCACAGUCUAAUGGACCCACCUGCUUGGGGUAACAGUAUUGUGAAAGUUCCAUCUGGCAUUUUUGAUAGCAGCAGAAGGAAAAACAGUGAUGGAACGGGAUCUAGCCCCCUGUUCGUAGCUCAGAAUUCAACUGAAGAUGUCUUUGACAUUUCUACUGAGAAAUCAAGUGAAAAAGGACAGAAGAGGCAGAAGUUCUUUUCAGAGAGAAGUUGCAGUUUCAGCAGUGAAAGCAGAGCAGGAAUGCUGCUGAAAAAAGGCAGUUUGGACUUGCACUCUAGAGAAAUAGCAAUAAUGAUGGGAGCAGAUGCCAAGAUCCUAACAGCAGCUUUAUCUGGGGGUAAAACUUCACCCUGUCAUACUAAUAAAUCCCACAGCUUUGACAGUAUUGGUGACCAGCAAGUUUCUGGUGCAAGUGACACUUACAUUAGUAUGAAUGAGGGUGACUGGGAAUUGGAGCAUAGGUCUUCACCAGUGCUGGAAGAAGCUGGGGAGGGGCAAGAGCAUCUGGAGAAUGGAGGCAAUGAGAAUGUAGCCACAGAGGAAGUCAUAGAUUUCAAGCAGUUAGGUGAGUCCAAAAACCAGAAAACAGAAUCCGAAGAUGCAACAACUAAAAGGAAUAGCUUUUAUGGAGUGGUUAAGCCUGUUGAAAGGGAAGAUGUUGAAGUGGGCUUGGACCCUUUAUCUUUGCUGGCUACUGACAGCCUGCAACCAAGACAUUUGGAACCUGAGGAAAAACUAGUGUCACCAGUUGCAGCACGCAAUUUGGCAGAUGAAAUAGAGAACUACAUGAAUAUGAAGAAUCCCUUGGGUAGCAAGUUUCCCAGCAUGGAACUGCACAAGCCAGUCAGGGAAGCAGAAGCCUCUAGUACGCUUGGUCACUCCCAAGAAAGGAGGUCAAGCCUGCCUUUGGAUCCUGUCCCACCACCUCCUGGGUCUUGCGAAAAUCGGAAGAGUCCUUCUGUCUCCAGAUCCAAAACAUUCACUGGACGACCAAAACAACAGACUCAUCCACGAGUUCAAAAGGAGCGGUCUUCGUCCCUAACAGGACUGGGUCGUUCUUCCCCACAUGGCUCAUUAGGAUCUGUUGUAACAACUCUGUCAAAUCUGAAGUUAGACAAUAUACUGUCUGGACCAAAAAUGGAUGUUCUGAAGUCAGGCAUGAAACAGGCUGCCAAUGUGGCAAGUAAAAUGUGGGGAGCUGUAACCUCGGCAUAUAGUUACUCAGAUGAUGAGGAAGAGAACAAUCGACCAGACUUUACCUUUCCUAUUGGUUUUGAAGAUAAUAUUUUAGAAGAGAGUCUGUCAUCAAGAACAGGAGUUCCAGGGCUAAUCGCAAGUGAGCUUGCGCAAAGCACAACUAGUCUCGGUAGUAGCGGCAGCAGUGGAGAUGUAGGAAGACAGCAUUAUACAGCAGGUGAAGUUUUGUUUCCAAGAAGUACGAAGGUUCUGGAUUCUGAGAAGUCAGAGCACAGCUCUUCCCAUAAUACUAGUUUAUCUAGUAUUUUCCAGAACUAUGCAAUGGAGGUGUUGAUGUCAAGCUGCUCUCAGUGCAGAGCUUGCAGUGCUUUGGUUUAUGAUGAGGAAAUUAUGGCUGGAUGGACAGCAGAUGAUUCAAACUUGAACACCACCUGUCCUUUCUGUAAAAGUACUUUUCUACCUUUACUUCAAGUUGAAUUUAAAGACUUGAGGGGCUCUGCAAGCUUUUUUCUGAAGCAAAGUACCUCUGGAGAUAGUUUACAGAGUGGUAACAUUCCAUUAACCACGGAUCCUGUGGAGCAGAAACUCUUGUCCAGUCCAGCUGUUGCUGAUCUGAUCAGUUUUUCUGAUCACCCACAGUCUAGCCAUACCAUAGUGGAAGAAACUAGCUCUACAGCUGAACAGAGUGACAUUGCAGAAGAACAGAGCAUAGGCCCCAGAACUAUAAAGUCAUCUGCCAAUAAUCCAUCAAAAAAAGGAGCAUCUUUGACGAGGAGCCACAGUGUUGGAGGUCCACUGCAAAACAUUGAUCUCUCCCAGAGACCAUCUCAUGGUGUUUCAACAGUUAGUCUUCCAAAUAGUUUGCAAGAAGUUGUGGAUCCUUUAAGAGAAAGGCCUAACCCUCUUCCUGUUUCUGUACCAUACUUGAGCCCUUUGGUACUGCGUAAAGAGCUUGAAUCAUUGCUGGAAAAUGAGGGAGAGCAAGUAAUUCAUACAUCCAAAUUCAUUAAUCAACAUCCCAUAAUUUUCUGGAACUUAGUGUGGUAUUUCCAACGGUUGGAUCUACCUAGUAACUUACCUGGGCUCAUUCUAACAUCUGAACACUGUAAUGAUGGUGUGCAGCUUCCUUUGACAUCUCUUGCUCAAGAUAGCAAGCUAGUAUAUAUUCAUCUUCUAUGGGACAAUAUUAACCUCCACCAGGAGCCCGGGGAGCCCCUGUAUAUAUCUUGGAGAAAUUUCAAUUCUGUUGAGAAGAGAUCCUCUACAAUGGCAGAAGAUCAGCAGGCAACAAAUGCCUUAUUAGAGAACAUCAAACUAAGUAUUCAACACAAUAAUGUUGUUAAACCAAUCAACCUCCUCCUACAGAAAGUUAAACCUGAUGUCAAACGACAGAGGAGUUUUUACAGAGAAAUCCUUUUCCUGUCUCUGGUCUCUCUUGGAAGAGAGAAUAUUGACAUUGAGGUUUUUGAUAGUAAAUACAGACUUGCACUUAAAUCUCUACCAAUGGAUGUCCUUGAAAAGAUACAGAAAAUAGAUGCUCCACCAAGCAGCAGAGUUGAAUGCUGUAGGAAGUGCUUUGGAGCACCUUUAAUAUGAAAAGGAGAAAAGAAGCUGUUGAACUUCGACAAGAUAAAAGUAGAGGUGAAAAAACUAGUAUGGUGAUGCAUGUUUUCUGAAUCCAAAAAGGAACUGAGCAAGUAACUGGUAACUGAGCAGUCUGUCAGUGGUUUAACGCAACUGCAACAUACCUUGUCUAUCAUCUCAUGAGAAACAGCAUAAAAUAUGUUAAAAUGUUAAUCCAUAUUAUAAUGUAUGUUAUACUAAUAGGAUGAGGUGGUUUCAAUGACCUGUCUGCGUUUUUCCCUGUAUAUACUUUUUUUCAUUCUCCAUAUCCCUUCCCUCUCCUCCACAAAAUAAGAUGGUUCAGAGUGGUGGUGAUUAAGUAGAAGCCUGUAGUUGAUGAUUUUUCCACCAAUUUCUGUGUAUUUUAAUGAAAGACCUUUCCUGCCACAAAAUGUGACCUUUCAGUACUUCUUUAGAGUGACCUUUAGAUAAAGAGAGAUCUCUUGCAUGUAUAUGCAGUAUGUAUUUAUGAUUGUAAGUGUCUGAGUCUUUGGUUGAAAGUUGCAAUGUAAUUGCCUUAGUCAGAUUACACUACCUAAAACUGCUACCCUCCUACUGAUCGUUGUCCCAGUCAGUAUUCUGAAUGAUCUUUGACUGACCUUGCAGCAGAUCCUGCUGUUUUCUCAAGAACAAUGGUAGGCUUUUACACCAAGCAGCUCAGAAUUGGAUACUAAUUAGAUUUUAUUCUAUGUGCCUGUGUAAUUAGUGUUCUUUCAUUGUGCUUUUUGUCUUUUUUUUUUUAAAAAAAACACCCCUCCACGGUCUCACUCUAGCCUGUGAGUUAUGUUGCACUUACAGUCCAAAUUCAAUAUUUCAGUUUUAAGUGUAUUUAUAAAAUGUGGUCUUCAAGUUGUGUAUUCACAUGAAACUGAAGUGCUUUAGUGAAUUAUCUUAAAAGAUUAAUUCAUCUUUAGCUUGCUUCUAAUGAUAAGACAUUUGUUCCCCUUACAUGCUUAACUGACAACAGUAGUUAUAAUUUUGGCAAGAAGAGCCUGGGCUAUGGUUUAAAUAUUUCUGUUAUUAGAGUAAUAUGGUAAGAUUUGUUCCUACUUUUACUGAAAUCUAACUGAGAGGGUUUUCUGAUGGAGUUUUUCCAGGAAAAAAUAGAAAAGAUAAAUAAUUGUGACUUAUUAAAUAAUAAUCCCAAACUAUAAUCCCAUUUGAGUACAAACCUGUUUAUUUCAUACUACUUUAUUAAACUUAAAGAUUCUUAGUCUUAGUCUGAAACAGCUGCCAGCUGAAAGAGCAAAACCAAGCUUCUUUUUUUAUAAGGCUAUGUUUCUAUAAAACAUGCACUAUUUUUCUCCGAAUGUUAUUGCAUUACAGGCUGAUUUCUUUGAUUUUGUCUAAAAGUGCUGUUUUAAGCCAAUUAGCAGAUAAAGCCUGAACAGGCUCUUCAGCCUCUCCUGAUGAAAAUAUUAUGCAUUCUCAAUAGCUAAAAACAAAGAAGCACCUAAUGACUUUUUUCAUUCUUUGGUGUUUAUGCAUGGUUGCUUGCAAGUAUCUGACCUGCAUCACAAUGGAAGAGUAGAACUGUUUUUCUACAAUAUACAGCAUGGUGCUUGGGUUUUUUUUUUUUCAUAUUUUCCUUUCUUGCAUAGUUUACAUGAACAAUUCUGUCCUUUCAAACUAAACAUCUCUCUGAAACAUUAUUCCAAACAAUCUAUUACUUCUACAAAUAAAAAUGGCAUUUUUUCUGUACCAACCUUAAUCACACAGCUGUACAUUUUUUUUUUCCCUCGGGUGUUAAACAGCCAAAACAUACAAUUGACUCAACUUGCAUUGAAUCAAGUCUUAGGUGUUCUUAAAUUCUCCCAUCUCAUAAAUUAUGUAGAAAAUCUGCCCAGUAUCUUAGAUAACUGGUGACAUCCAAAUUCCUUGUACACCUUUGUAAAUAGUAUUAUUAAUUAUAAAAGAUAUUCUGUAAUCAGACCACUUCCAUUUUAAAAACAACUUUCUCUUUGUUGCUGAAAAUACAGAAUAAUCAGACAGUAAGAAGCCAGGGUAGAUUGUAUCACAGUAUGUAGUGCUAAUUACAUGAUAGACUUUCCUGGUAUAUAUACACUAAACCAAAAAAGUCUUGAGACUGAGGCAGAAAGGUACUUGCAUGAAUCCUAAUCAUUCUUGCAGAGAACUAAACUUGCUCUUGCAUACGCGCUUUUCUGUACACUACAAACUAACCUCUAUUCCUAUUGUGUGUACCUGAAUUUCAGAGUGGUGGAGGACAUGGAUGGAAUUAAUUUCAAGUCAUGAAUGUGCCUGCUGUAAUUAACUACUGCUAUUUUAAGAAGUUACAUAAGUGAGAGUUUAUUCUUUUGAAUUUAGAUUUUUUUAAUGCCUAGAUUUUAAUUGCUGAUUGUCUGACUGGUUCUUGAAUGAAAUCAUGAUUCAUAUCAAAAAGGAGACCAGUAACAGUGGUUUAUUUACUAAGUUUUCAUCUGAGAAGUUCCUUUAAAAAAACACAAAAAUUUGAAAUUAAUUAAGAAUUUUCAAAGUUUACUUGCAUGUUGUUGUGUCUUUUUUCAUAUGCAUGAUGGCACUUCCUGUUUCUCUUUUUUUUUUCCUCUACAAACAGAGACUGCAGGUGUUCCUACACAGACAUUCUAAGAUUUUUAGUCUUUCCUUGUUUGAAUGUGCAAAGAACUCUGAGUGUGGCUAAGAAAAGAGACUUUUUUUAAUUUAAAAAAAUAUAUAAAGCUUAGUAUGGCUCUUUAAUAUUCACAUGCCUAAAAAUGUGGCCAAAAAUUAAGAGGAAAUAUUCAAAACUUUUGUGACUGCAUUAUAUUUAUUAUUAUAGCCUCUUUCUACAAAUGAGGCAUUAAAAACAUAAUAAAUUCUUCUCUGCAAAUCAAUAAUACCAUAAACCUCUUGAGUUUCCUAGGAAUGACUUGGUUUCUAAUCCAAAUGCUUCUGAUUUGUUUCAUGCCCCUAGUAAUCCAAAUUGUAAGUUUCUGAUGUGUGAAUGAGCUGGGCAGAAGUGUUGGGGAGAGGAUAUGGGUGAGUUUAGUGUUGAUUCUCAAUGGAAGCAGAAAAAGUAGCAUUUUUCUCAUUUGAGAACCUCUUACUUCCAAAUAUUUGAGUCUGACAUAUAACUCACUAACCAUUAUUAAGUAGGUGGUUCGGUUGUAUGACUUACAGAAAUCUCGUAUGUAAGACUUAAUAGAAUGGUUGAAGAUAAGAAAAUUAAUGGAAUAAAAACCUGCAAUGGGUUGCACGAAGUGAGGGUUCAAACCAAACUGGUUGUAUAUGUGGAGGCAAACAGUUUAUGGAGUAUCAAAAAAGUCCAAGAUGUUAGAAAGUACGUGUUAGAAUAAUAGAGAGAACUUCCCUAACAAUGUUGAAUGGCAGUCAGUUAUGCUGAGAAGACAUAUUUUGCAUCUUUCAUCAAAUUAUGAAAAAACUACUUAUGGCUUGUGUAGUUGUAUGAAAAUAGCUUUUUAUUUUAUUUUUGAGAAUUAAAGAAUAAAUAGGGUCUUAAAAGUUUAAAAUCAGGAGAAGUGGCCAAUUUUUUCUUCAUGCAUAUAUAUAUAUAUUCCAGCACAUUACUAAGAUGUAGUAACUGUAAAUGAGUAUGAAAUCAACCUCAAAAUCUUGUGUGCAAAGAAUAUGUAGGAGACUGAUAUGGCUGCAGUACAGGCACAAUAAGUACUGGCUUUUUCAUGUUGCUAGAAACAUCUGUGUGUUACUUAUAUCCUGUUUUCAUAUUAUAUAACUCAAAUUUAGAGAAUAAAAUUUUAAUGGGAAAAUGUUAUUUAGUAAAUGUGUUUUAAACGAAAUUUGUUUACUUUGCAAAUAGCUUAGUCUUGUUGUAUGUGAAAUGUCAUGUUGGUUAAGCUCAAGUUACAUUGCACUUGUACAUGAGUAGUUAUAUUCCAUUGUAACUGUGAAUUAAUGGCUUUCUGAACUGCCUCAGCUCAAUGAAAGGGGUAUUCUUUUAGUAUACUGCUUUCUUUGAUUAACUGCGAUGUAGAGGCAUAUUUUCAAAGUGUAUAUUAAAUUAGACCAUAUAAACUAUAUUUUAAAACAAAAUUUUAGAAUAAAAUUUAACAAAAUGUUUGUUAAAAAUAACUGAAGAAUCCAACUGGUAGUUUCUCAUUUUAAAACAACUGCAUCAGUGCAGAUAACUUUAUUUUAUUAAAUGGUAAGGAAGUCAUCUUAUUCACAUUAACUAUAAAUUAAAAAAAAAAAAAAUCAUUUAACUAAUCAAACCUUUAAGGUGCCUUCUGUGUAUCUAUUUUUUCCCAUGGGUCUUUUUAGGAAGAAACAAAACACCUGUCUAACUUUUAACAGUUCAGUUUCGGCAUAAUUGGACUCUGUUCUGUUUUUUACUGUGCUGUUUAUUAUGAUGUGUAUGAGGAGAGAAACAGGCUUUUUUUUUUUGUCUUUCAGUCUGCAUCAAUCAAUGGUGCAAAAAAAAGGGACUGUUUGCUGUUCUUAGAAGCAUAUUAAGCUUUUAAGGAGCUAUAGAUAAACUGUAUUUCAAUGGGGAUACAACUGUAUUUCAAUGGGGAUACAACUCUUAAUGGGGAUAAAACUGUUUUAAUGGGGAUACAACUGUACUUUAAUGGGGAUAAAAGGAUGUAGUGUGAAUAAAUUAAGAAUUUAUUAAGUGAGUUGGGAAUUUUUUAUUAAUGCAAUAAAAUUUGCACUGGUUUAGAGAUUGUUUGAACUGUUGAAAGAUGGCAUCCAUUUACUAUGCUUUGAUUAACAAGUAUUUCUCUAUAAAUGUUUUUGUACGUUUGACAAAUAUUUGAAUUUAAAAGGGCACUCUGUGUAUUCUGAAUUUUGAAUAGGCAUCUUAGACUAAGAAACAAUUUUUAAUGUAUUUCCCAAAAUAAAAUACGUACAAAUCCUGUGUGAAA